UCAGUUAUGAAGUAGCAGUGGAGGUGUAACCACGUCUCUCGGAUAUGGCACCGCGGCCUCUGUUGUGCGCCUCGCCAACCCAAGAGAGCCGAAAUACGUGAAAGAUUGUAAUUGUAAAAAAAAAAAACGAACCGUAAUUGAUUGCAGUGCUCAUUAUCUUGAAAUAAUAGUAUUCGUCAGUAUUCUGAUUACCUCAUUAUUAGCUGUCUCAUUAAACUUUCUCCGAGUGAUUGAAAUAGCGAUCUGUUCUUUUUUUCGGAUGUGAUUUAUCAAACGGAAAUGAGUGGAAUAACAGUGUCAUCCGUAAAUCCCUGAGUGAUUAGUUUGAAAAUGGUUACCUGCCCUUCAUGUUGUUGUAAAGAUAUCCUAAGUGGUAUUCUGUGCGUCUGUUUAGUCACGCAGAAAUAAAAUGGAAAUGUAACAACCGCUUCUCCCUUUUUUCGCGAAUCUUAGAAAAAUAGAAGUCAAUGUCAAAACUGACGAGAAUCAUGUGAUGACGCGAAUCUAUGAUGAUGGUGAUGGAGUGGCUGUGGAAAGUACACGAAGGUUUUUCAUUUAAUUGAAAUAGAAAAAAAAACGAGAAAACACUCGCCAGCUUUGCGGUCUUUUUUUUUAAGGUUCGUGACGUCACGCCAUUGUAAAUUUCGGAAGGUGUCCCCGAGUGCCGUAUUACUAUACAAAUAAGAAACGGCUUAGCCUCAUCUGAAAGAGAAGGCUUUCUUUCUCGCCUAUAGAAAUCGCAGACGCCCUCCGACCGCUCUCGUUUCAUAGAGGUCCUUAACGUCCAUAGGUUACCAUGGCCGACUCAGGCCACAACCUCUCCCCUCCUACGCCCCCCUCUGUCGGGGGAGGGGGAAUGGGAGGAGGAGGUGAGGGCGUCGAGGAUUCCAUGGACCGCCUCCACCAACACCACCACCACAGCCGGAAUGGGCGGGCCGUGUCUCCCAGCGAGGAGAUGCCGCCCAGGUCCCCUAGUCCCAGGUACAGGAGAUAUUCCGACUCCACGCCCACGCGCUCGCCCUCGCCCAUGCCGCCGGGAGAAGCCCAGGAGGACGUCGAAGCCAUCGGCGCCAGGAAGACGAAGUCGGUGUCCUUCCAUUCACACACCAACUGGAAGAGCGACAGGAAGAUUCAAAGUGCUUACGACUGUCUGGAGUACAUGAUCGAAGGGACGAGUAUGGUGAAGCUUCGGGCAAAUAGUCGGCAGUAUCACCGCUACUUCCGCUUGUUAGAGGAUUUAUCGGCCAUCAGGUGGACGCCGACCUCCAAAAAGUCCAGCAAGGCUCAGCUGUUAAUAGAAAACAUUAAGGAGAUCAGAACCGGCCGUAACUGCGAGAGCUUAAGGAACAAGGACAUCCCUUGUUCCUACAACGAAGAACGCAUCUUCAGCAUCCUUUACGGAGAUUCCUACGACAGUCUCGACCUCAUAGCCCACACCCCUGAAGAGGCCAACAUCUGGGUCACCGGCCUCAACGCCCUCAUAGGAGCCUCCAAAUCUGCCCCGGACGCCGUGAACGACCGACAGACGCUGCGGGAGACGUGGCUUCAGGAGAUGUUCGACAAGGCCUCCAAAAACUCCUCCGGGGGAUUCAUCGACGAAAACACCUGCAUCAAACUCAUCAAAAGACUGGACUCCCAGGUGACCGUCGUGAGGGUCAGGCAGAAAUUGCAGGAAUUCGAUAUAGGGAAAAGUGACGGGUGUCGCGGACGCAUCGACAGUCAGGAAUUCAUAGACAUGUUCAAAGAAAUCGCCACCAGACCCGAGAUAUACUUUUUAUUAAUAAGGUACGCUAACAAAGACUACCUCACGCUAGAAGAUUUUCACUUGUUUUUGGAGGGUGAACAAGGGUUGGCGGGUCUAACAUCAGAAAACGUUGCAGAAAUUAUCGAAAAGUACGAGCCGGCACCAGAAGCCCGCAAGAAGAAGCAGAUGUUAAUAGACGGUUUCACGAAGUACCUGAUGAGCGACGAGUGUGACCUCUUCGACGCGAGUCACCGGGAGGUGUGUCAAGACAUGUGUCAGCCUCUGGGGCACUACUUCAUCUCCACCAGCCAUAACACUUACCUGCUGGAAGACCAACUCAAGGGGCCGUCGAGCGUCGAUGGGUACAUCCGGGUCCUCACCUGCGGCUGCAGAUGCGUCAAAGUGGACGUGUGGGACGGUCAGGACGAGCCAGUGGUAUACCACGGAAAUACCCUCACCAGCAAAAUAACCUUCAGGGAGGUCGUCGAUGCUAUAGCCAGCUAUUCCUUCGACUUCUCUGCGUACCCUGUGAUAGUGCAUCUAGAGAACCAUUGUUCCAUCCGGCAGCAGCGGCAAAUGGCGAAGAUGCUUAGGUCUCUUUUAGGAACUUACCUCUACAUCCACCCGCCGGACGCCGAGAGGUCAGUCACUGACCUCAGUCCGCAAGAUCUCAAAUACAAAAUCUUAAUCAAGGGCAAGAAGCUGCCCGCCGAUGACAUGGAGGAGGGCGAGGUCUCCGAGGAGGACGAAGGGGGCGAGACCAAACGGAAUAACAACCCAAAGAAGAUGAAGCUGUGCAAGGAGCUCUCCUCCCUCAUCUCGCUGAACAGAACCAGGUUCACCGAUUUCCCCACAGCUAAGACUAAACAAGAUAAAAAUGAAAUGUGCAGUCUGAGCGAGUCGUGCGCGGCGAAGCUGACUCACGCCUGCCCCGAAGACCUGGUCAACCACAACAAGAGGUUCCUGACGAGGGUGUACCCGAAUUCUUCUAGAGUCGAUUCUUCCAAUUACAACCCACAGGAUUUCUGGAAUUCCGGUUGUCAGAUGGUGGCGUUAAACUUCCAGACUCCAGGGCAGAUGAUGGACGUGUACGAAGGCAAAUUCAGAGCCAACGGCGGAUGUGGGUACCUCAUCAAACCAGCCGUCAUGAGGGAGCAUAUCUCCGUCUUCUCAGCCAACUCGAGAGAAACCAUUCCAGGAGUUGCUCCUCAACUCCUCAAAAUUAAAGUGAUAAGUGGGCAGUGUCUUCCUAAGCCUAGAGGGUCGACGGCAACGAAAGCAGGCUUCAUAGAUCCUUACGUUGUCAUUCAAGUCUUUGGCAUCCCUGCGGAUUGCACAGAGGCUAAAACGAGAACCGUAAGCAACGAUGGUAGUUUUCCCAUCUUUGAUGAGAGUUUCGAGUUUCAUAUAAAUCUACCAGAAUUGGCACUUGUUAGAUUUGUCGUUCUUGAUGAUGAGUACAUCGGCGAUGACUUUGUGGGGCAGUGUACCAUUCCUUUUGAAUGCAUACAGACAGGGUACCGGCAUGUACGGUUAUUAUCCAGUAUGGGAGAACCAAUAGACAAUGCUACUCUGUUUGUUCAUGUCUCGAUUACCAACAAAAAAGGUGGAGGGAAGCCCCAGAGGGGUAGACGGACUGAUAAAAUACAAGCAGACAUCAAACCUAUAGGACUAAGGGCAGCUGAUGAUAUGUUUAAGGAGGCAGCAACUUGGCUAGUGGAAGCAGAAUUUGAGCAAAACAAAGUAGAAUUAGCAUGGUCUGACUUACAAGAUGAAUGUGGCCUUGGACAUACUGCCAACAUGAAACAGUGCCUGAAAGUAGCAAUAUCUCGAUAUAUGACCCAUCCUGACAUCAGCGGUCUUUCAAUACAAGAAGAAAACGGUAUUCCUUUUCUUAGGAGUUCUCAGCCUGGCCCCCUUCCAUCUCAUCUACAUAGAUUAGAAACUGCAGUAGAAAAGGUUUUGUUAGAAAUUCAUCACUUCUUAGCUCAUGGAGAUAAGCUUCAUUCAACCCUUGAAAGUAAACUGCAACCUACCUUUGCUCUGUAUGAUAAUUUGGAGAACCUUCUCUCCUCCAAUGGUAUUAAAGGCAAGAAGGCAAACCGUGCAAUGGAAAAUUAUGCAUGGAAUGUCCGAAUCAUCCGAGGUCAGCUGGACAGGCUUGUGGCGCUCAAAAAGAAAUGCAGAAUGGCGAUGGAACAGGUUGAAUCAACAAAAGCAACUUUAGAUAGCUUCAGUGCAAAGGAGAAAUCCCCAUCAGUUCGGGAACGGCCCCGUUUAACUCUUGCUAAUCGUCACAACACCUCUGAAAACCUCACAACCUAUGGCAGUUUGGGAAGGUCACCUACUACUCCAGGAAGUGAUUGUAAGCCUAAAAGUAUCCUGAAGAAAAGUAACUCGAAUCUUGAGUCUAGCAGCAUUGGGUAUGUUAAUGAGGACUUCCUAAUUACACCUAGUAGUUCUUCUACAGUAGUUGGUGAUGAUGAAGAAACCACAGAUCUGCUAAAGCCGCCGCUACUUCACUCCUUCAGUUACACCCCUGGCUUCAACUUUGAGCAGAACACAGCCCUGUAGUUCAGCUAGAGUGUAUGCUAGUGAUUUUUGUUAAAAAUGCGUAUCAUUUAAUGCUGCAGCAACUUUUCACGUGUACAUAGAAUGGUCAUUUUUAUAUAAAGUUGUUUAAAAUCUUAUUUAUAUAAAUACAGUACAUACUCUAAAAAAAUGUUAAUAGUCUUGCUUCUUUUAAAGCAUAUUCCAUUCAGAUAUCUGAAACUCUAAAAGACUACAAAAUUGCUCUUAUAUCUAAAUACUUACAAUACGUCCAGUUGUUAUAAUUCAGCCAUUCCAUGCUUUAGAAACAAAUUGUCAAUUGUAUAUUUUCUGUAGGCUCAAAUUUGCAGACAUUUUAGUAUACUCAUUAUUAUCUAAGACUUGAAAUGGUUGAAUUUAACAAAUAUAUAACUCUUUAGGCCCCCAACUUUUCCCCUUUCCUAAAGUUCACUGGCAGAUGUGUUUUGAGAAGUCACAAACUAGCUUGGAGAAUAUAUUCAGUGAACUUGCUACAAGGGAAUCUAGAUAUUCCUCUCUUUAGGUUAUCUUAACUGGUGCUGCUGUUACCUGUAUCAAAUACUGACCAACUGUUUGCAAGACAUAAAUCUUUAAAAAAUUAAUGUUUUUAUGUAUUUAUUUUGUACAGUAUGUAAAUUAACAAAUUAUCUGUAAAUUUUUCCCUUGCUUCAAGGCAAAGUAACAAUAAUAGGCCAUAAUGUGUACAAAUACUAUUAUAUGGUACUGCUUUAGCUUUCUUUGGAGAACAGACACAUUCCACACUUAACUAGUACACCUACGUUUGCAUCUCUCACUGUUUACAGUUUAGAAGAUAUAAUGGUUGAUUUUUGUUUCUUUGCCAGUAUGCUACAAUUAUUGUAAUAAACAGUGAAAAUUGCAAAACAUGCAAUUUUAUAUUGGAAACUGCUGGUACAUUAGGUAAUAAGUUAAAUAUUGGAGUGACCUUGUAGAAAGCUUUAUUAAUGACAACACAGAAAAAUGCAGUUGAAAUCUGCCUGCUUCCAGGAGAAAUUACCUCAACAGGUCUGGCUACAGAUCUAAACAUAAGCUUAAGACUUGGUUUGUAGUAAACCCAUCCUAGGAGAGCAGGACAAAGAACUGUUUUACAAGCCUCUGUUCAAGAUUCCAUUACCAUGCCUGUCCUCACAGCUCAAAAUCACUUCCCACUGAAGCAUCUUCAUUGAUUACUGCUUACUACAUAUAUUUUACAUGAGGAAAGCAGCUCCCCCUUGUACUGUUGUUUCAGGGAUGGAUGCAUAGAAGCUAACCGAGUGCUGGUCUUUAUUAGGCUUACCGGGGGAACCCCACCUUGGGGGCCUACUGUCCCACUUCAUCUUCCAGGCUCCCAGUGUCCGUUACUUCUGCUUACACCGUACCUUCAUCGGCUGUGCCCCUACCAUCAAUUUCCAUUUCUGUGCCUUCUAUGUCUACUCCUUCCAACUUCUUUGUUCAACCCCUGGUGGAGAGAGUCAAAGGUGUACUUCUAAGAAGUUCAGCUACUCCAUUAUGAAGAAAUUGAAGAGAUGUCUUAGAUCUGUCUUUCUUGUCAUUGUCUUUUCAUUCAUCUUCUUCAUCGUCUGUUUGUUUCAUUCCUCGGAGGCGUUGGAGGAAGAAGGACUUUGUGGUCCCUCCAUGCAAGAAGAUCCACAUGCCCUCUUUGGAUUCGUGCAAGACCGACUCUCAGUCUCCUACAGUUGAAUCUCGGUUGGCUAAUUGCAGCCAUAUCAUCAACUCAAAGUUUGUUUCUGGUUCAUUUCCAACUGCUCCUCCGAGGUUACACGCUGUCAAGGUUCACGGCCUUCUAAGAGCCAUAAAUCUGAGGAUUGGGUUCCUCAAGAAGUUGCAGUCAUUUCGGCAUCAUCUGCUCAGGAAACGAGGGUUAAGACACCACAGCUGUUAAGAAAGAUGAUAAGGCGGCUGUAAAGCAGGCGACAUCACACUUGAAGAAACAUUCUCAUGAUCAGGAAUGUUCCUAUCGUUUGUGCGCCCAUGACCAUUCUCCACAUAACUGAGAUUCCUUUACGGUCACAGAUCAACUAUGGCCGUCCUUCCCUUUAAUGUAUACUAGUCCACACUAUCAAGACAGUCCCUUCCCAUUCAUUAGACCGAGAUAUACCCAAAAUGUGUAAAGCCUGAUCGUUCUUAUGCUCCUGUAGUGAACAAUGAUGCAGAGGAUGCUGCUGAUUCGGUUGACAGGCUGGAUUAAGAAUCUCGUGACCUAGAAGCAAAAGGACCUCUCUCGAUGAAGACAACCAAGAAUUAUAUUAAUUACAUAUGCAGAAGUUGUGGAAUUCAUUCGUGGGUACAAUGAAUUAACAGAUGACUGUGGCUACCACUUCAGAUUAACCUUCGGGUCUUGAAGCCCUAGUGGGGCCCAAGAAAGAAACAAAGGCACCAUUGGGAUUGCCUUGUUCUAACCAUGCUGACUGUAUUCUUAACCAAGUGAAUGCUCUCAUCUCAGGACAGGACAACUCUAUUCAGUCUAGCAGGUCAUUCAAGUUGCUCCCUCUUCCUCUUCCACGACAUAGACAUUCUUACAUAACUCCUACAUUGUGUUACAGUCGAGGCAGGUGAAUCCAGACCAAGUUUGCCUAGGCCUGGGUCUUUAGAUCAAAUCGGGGCAGAGGGCACCUCCUUUAUAUGCCAGGAGUCUGCUACAAUGGAAUUAACUGCUUCUACGGCAUCUCAGUGCCAUCUUUCUUUAACUGUUUUAGUAUGGUGGUAAGAUUAUUUUGUAUCUGGCUCACCUAACAGCAAACGUGGCUAAUCGGUUACUGAAGAAAAGAAAUGCUGCCCUCUCUUAAAUCUCCAAAUGUGUUGGCCCUGAUUUUACCUUGGCACUGAAGAAUGGAACAGUUCUAGGAUCUUCGUCACUCUUCCAUAAGGACCAAGUUGAAGCUGUAGUGGACAAAUGAAGAGCGGACAAUCCACCAGGCUGCUGCCUACCCUUACCCUAAGAGAUCUCAGGCCGCAACACGUCCUUGUAGGGGCCGCCAGGCUUCGCCUGCUCCUGCUAAGAAGACAACUCUGUCGCGUCCUUUCAGCUCCAUCCUACCAGACUUGGGAGAGGAGGCAGGGGUAGAGGAGGAAAACACCAGGGGGUUACCCCUUCCCACUCACUUGGAGGGGUGUUGCCUGAUGAGCCAUUGGGCAACUUGGCAGCAGCUGGGAGCAUCUGCUCCCUUUCGACUUUCCUCUUCCUCUCUGGCUGUCCAUUCCAUCAAAGAACAUGCAUUCAGGGCUUGCCAAUGAAGGUAAUGAUGGAAAAAGGAGCUGUGGAGGUCACUAGGUUUCUACAGCUGUACCUUUCUGGUUGCCAAGGUUUCGGGGGGGUUGGAGACCAGUCAUCGACCCGUCUUCACUGAACCUUUUCAUCAGAAACACUCGGUUCAAGAUCAGGAAGUCUAACUUCAAUCUGACGAUAGAUCUGAAGGAUGCUCACUUUCAGAUUCCAAUCCAUCAGUUGUCUCGCAAUUUCCUUCGCUUUAUUCUGGGAGAGACCAUGUAUCAGUGCAAGGUGCUUUGCUUCAGGCUCUCUACUGCCCCACAGGUGUUCAUGAGUGUUUUCACCGCAAAGACUGGCUGGUCCUGGCAAGUUCCUAGGGAUAAUGAUAUAUUUGGAGAAGUCAAAUCUUAUGCCCAGCCAAAGAACACUGUACCUGAGCAUGCUAAUAGACACAGCAGUGACGGGUCUUUCCAUCAGAUCCACGCACAACAAGUACAAGUCCAUUUUGUACAGUCCUUCCUUUCCAGACAAAAUCAGCCAGCAUGAUAAAUGGCAGAUCAUUCCAAGUCACCUGUCGUCCCCGGAGAAGCUUGUUCCUCUUGGAUAUCUCCACCUUUGACCCCUUCAAUUAAAAAAGUUGUGGUCCCCUCUCUCAAAGGUAGCGAGACAGGACUUGGCAUGAUGGCUGGCUGACUGGAACCUGACCCUAAGUGUGCCCUUUCAAGCACACUUGGAAGAUCUGACUUCAGGUGUGUGGGAUCACCAGGACAAACAUCUUUUCAUCAAUAUCCUAGAACUAAAGGCAGCUUUCUCAGCCCUUCAGGAUUUUCAGGAUUAGGAGGUGGGACACACUGUGGUUCUAAUGUCCGACAAUACCACGGUGGUUGCAUAUGUUAACAAAUGGGGGACUAGUCUCUCCCGUCAACUUCAUGAAUUGACAGUAGUACAACUGCACCAGUGGGCAGUUACUCACUCGGUGGAUCUUUCAGCCAGAUACAUUCCAGGGAAGAGGAAUGUAGUGGCAGACAAGCUGAGUCAUCAGGGUCAAGCAUUUGGGAAAGAGUAGUCACUACACCUGGAGGUAGCGGAAAGGUUGUUCCAUCUGUUGGGGAAGGCUUAUGAUUGAUCUUUUCGUGACCUGAUACAACAAGAAACUUGAUGAGUUUUGGUCAGUCAUUCCAGAUGUGUGGGUCAUGCCAGAAGACACUGCAACAUCCUUGGGGCAAUCUGGACGUUUACGCCUUUCCUCCCUUUUGCCUGAUUUGUCAGGAAUCGACAGGGUAACGAUAUCUCAGAACCUUGGAAUGAACAUGGUGACUCCAUUGUGGCCACAUCCUGAGUGGUAUCCCAACUUGCUGGCCCUGCUGACCAUCCUAGUUAGCCUUAACUACAAUGAGCCAUCGUCCUGAGGAAUACCACAGUUAUAGAGAUGCUAAGGCAAAGGAUCUGGAAGAGGUAGAUAUUAUGCAUACCACAUGAAUCUCUUGUGCUUCCUCAGACUGAAUCAUUUGGUUUUGUAGCACCAAAUGGGUACCACAUAGUCCUCCUUCCUUAAGAACUUUUUUUCCAUUUCCCUCUGAAGGGGGUCUAAUGAGGAAUUAUCAGAUAUUCCUAGUGGAGGGGGAGAUCAACACAAAAUAGGCACCUGUAUGCAUGACCCAAAAUUCCUCUCUUCAGGGUUUCAAAAUCCCCAAAAAUCUCUUGGGGAUCAAAGAAUAUGUCACAUAUUUAUAAGGGCAUCCACAACGAAGCAUGCAUGCAAGCCAGAACCUCUUACAAGGAGUGAGUGUGCUGUCCUAUCAAUCAGACCUUUGCACAUUUUCUUCAUCCCACUGAAUGAUGGUAUACCAAAAAGUAGUAUUUAUCUUCAAUAUGAUGUGUUGAGGGAAUGGCUUCUGAAAACAAAACUUUAUUAUUUUCCCCCCUAAGAUAUCUGUCAUUGUAUCGAUGCCAUAAUCUAGUUUUUUUUUUUUUUUUUUUUUGGGGGGGGGGAUUUACAUGUAAAUACAUUUAUGCUUCAAAUAUAUGAGUCACUUGUAUAACUGACUGAAUACUUUUUAUACAAACUUGUGUGAUUAUAUAUAUGCAGUAUAUCAAAAGUAUUGAACCACUAUUCUAAUGUUGCCUUACAAUACAGAAUAUACUUUGCCAAAACUAAAUAUAUACAGCAUUCUAUUAGGACAACACACUAGGAUAGCAAAGACAGAGGUAUAAACAAUGAACUCUCAAAUUUCAUGUAACUUUGGUGGGUGCUCAAUACAAGCAGUUUUGAGGAUAUGUAUCGCCAUUUCCCUACAACAAGUGGAAAACAUUAGUUAACAUACUUUCUGAUAUGUCAUUCUUUUAUGUUCUUGUCUUAUUCACUGGGCAUUUAUAUUAUAACCUAGUUAUGUCAUCUUACCAACAUAGAUUCAAUCCUUGGCAGAUUAAUACAAUGUAUUACAAAUGCAUUUACUCGAGUACUUUAGUAUGUCUACCCAAUUUUCAGAAACUUUAGUUUUUUCAUUACAAACCAUCCUUAUCUCUAAUAUAGUUCAAUCAAGGGAAACUGAUAUUAAAUUAAAUUCUUUAUCAAAUUAAAUAUUGGAAAGGAAAAUGUAUAAUUUUUCUACAUAUUUAUGAAGAUGCAACCUAAACAUUUGAGUAACAUCAUAUUUAUUUAUUUUUUAUAAAAACUAUCAAAUGAAAAAUCCUUUACAUCUUUUACGAAGUAUAUAUAUACAGGUCAUACAAACACUGUACAGAUAUUUAAUGAUGAAAUGGAAAACUGAAAUCCACAACUGAACAAUGUAUGAAUUAAUAUGUCCAGGGCAAACACAUUAUUAGAUGAAUUGGGUUUUAAAGUUUAUGUAUGCUGGGUUAUCUCUGCAGGUGGAGCAGUCUUAGUUUUUAGGCCAAACUUGGUUUCAGAAUUCUUUAUGGGUAAAGAUUUUGUGAACUGAUUAUUCUGCAGUUCACAUGCCAUUUACAUACUUAAUCUGUAAAAAUAUAGUAUACAUAAUCUGUAAAAAUAUAUGAAUAAGGAACUCAAAAGCAUAACUACAUUUCAUUUGAGAAGUAAAUGUAUAGUUGCAAAAUUCAUGUAUGACUGAUUAACUUCAGCCUAUUUAUAAUAAUCAUUUGUAACAUGUAAAUUAAUAUUUUAACAAUGAUAAAAGUUGAAUGUAGGGACUCGAUGCAUUCCUCAAUUAUUUAUUUCAUACAAAAUGUAGAUGAGAAAUAACUAUUAAUUUGCUAGUUAAUUUAUUUAUAUUGAAACAGUUAAGUUUACUAUCUACAUUUUUUGUUAUUUGACAAUUUAAAUUUUUGCUAGACUAGUUGAAUCUCAGAGUAAGUAAAAACUUGACCAACAGAAAAAAACACUACAAUCCUAUAUUAUUCCAAUCCGCUUCGAAAUAAGUAAAGCAUUUCAAAUCGAUAGGGAUCGUAUAGCCUAAAGUGAAUUGAACGUACUAACAAAAUCGUAGCCUAAGUUCUAUACUACAACACCCAGGUUACUUAACUUAUUCUAAAUAACAUUCAAGACAUUACCUUGCAUUGUGUACAUUAAUGAGUAUGUUAACUUACUGUUAAUGUCAUCCCUAGCCUGAAUUCAGAAAUUAGCAUUAGCAUAAUUUCUAUCUUCCAAAGGAAUUUCCCAAAAUGAAUUUUAAGAUAGGAACACUUAAGUGGUUUAGGCUCGGAGACCCCGAUGAGUUCUCAAAGUCAUUUGUAAUACAACCACACUAUCCGGGAGUUGUAGCAAGACUGAAUUCAUGGUCGCGGCCAACCAACUCCAAACGUUCAACUAACUAUUGAAUCAACAAAAAACCGAUACCCCGUACUUAAGCGCUAUUACACGUAUACUUACAAACUAAUACACGAAAUAACCAAACACAACGUUUAUCCCAACUAAAUACAAAUACAUACAACAAAACACAUUAGUAUCUUCCUUUCGUAAAAUAUGCAUUUCCACUUUACAUAAAUGAGAGAAAAGUAUACUACUUACAGCAAAGAACAAUCUUGUCAAAGUUUCAACAUAUAUUGGCAACAUGAAUUGAAAACCUGAAAAUACACUUAAAAACUUUGUGAAAACAAUUGUCCUGAAUAUUAUGAAAAUUAGUUUUGCUAGAUAUGUUCUGAAUUUGAAAAAUACUUUGAUGUGGGAGUGACUAAUACCUGCAACCAUGCUGAAGAGUCCAUAUAUUUGUGAGGAUUUGAAAAAUAUGGGAGUUCUCAAUUUACAUACUGUUUGGCCACAACAAGUAACCACCUUCAUGUUGUCCAAAAAUGUUUAGCAAACAACCCUUAAGCUGAGAAAACUUUCAGGUACACAGUACAGUACUAUUAUAAAUAAAUUAUUUUGAUCUUAUUAUUAGAUAAAUAAAUACUGACUAAGAUCCCCUAUUUUUAUGGUAUAUAAAACACUUUUCAAAUGAAACCUUUAAUCAAAGCUCACGAGUACAGUAAUUAAAAUUUGUUUAUAUAACCCAUUCAGCUUUAAAAUCCCAAAUUAAUUCUCCCUGCAUCAUAUAAAUGACAAAUUUUUUAUCAAUUUGUACUUUAAAUAGCUAACAAACCUGAGGUCUUAACAAUAGGAUAACCUUGUCCCUGCUGAAAACCAGUUAAAAACAAAGAUUGUAAAGCAAGGAAUCUGUGGCAUAUGGCAACUCAUAGCGUAUAAGAGGUGGGGUCACCGACCAGGCAUAGAACAUUUUGCAAAUUUUCAGAUCAUCUGAUAUCAAUCCUCAAGAAUGAAUGUUUUUCUCAUUCUUCUUUUGCAAAAUAUGAAUAAAAAUAUGAGAUUUAAGCCUAACAUAAUUUAAGUCAAAUAUUACUGCCCUAAAUAAUAUGUUAGACUUUACCAACAGACAAAGUAUGCAAAAUUAAUUGUUAAAGUCAACCUGACAGGAACUAGUUAAGGAUUACAUGUGUGAUGAGAAAGGAAAAGGAUGAGUAGUCAAAUACUAACAUACAUGGAAGUAGCAGGACAAAGACCAGUAAGAAACCCCAGAAAACAGCAGAGGAAGGUCAAAUGAAAAUCUAUUGUCUUAUUUCAUUUCUAACUUUGUUGGAAGUAAAUCUUGCAAAGCAGUAGAAUAGUUUUAAAUUGAGGCUUCUGGGCAUACGAAUUUGAGUGAUAUUGUAAUCAUCUAAUUUUCACAUUUUUACCUUUGAAUUGCAAACUGCAUAAAAAAAAUAUAAAAGUAUUUACGUCAGUGAUCUACAUAGUUAACAAUUUACUAGUCAAAAAGUGUUGUCAACCAAUUAAAUGCUGCCAGUUUUCCAAUAACCAAAACCUUUACAAAAUACUGAAACAAUUUGCUAAUAUUGUAAAUCUUGUAUGUCAAUAUUUUUGAAGCUCAACUUCAUAACCUUGUCAACCACGUAAGUGAUAAGAAAUAUUGGCCAUAGGGCAGUCCUAUUUUACAUAACAUUGCAAAAUUUUAAAUAAUACACCAUAAAACAUUGCUGUGAAAUAACAGUGGAUUAUUUACUUUUGGCAAGAUAUAUUUAUGUACAUGCAACACUUCAUUCAGAUGGACUUUACUUAUGCUGAACCUUCAUAUAAAAUAAAAGCUAUCUACAAGGGCAUAUUUUAUUAAAAACUAUGAAGAAUCCCAGCUUUGUUUUGAUGCGCCAAAUCACCUGCCUUCAACAGUAUCUUUUUUACCCUCCCUUUUUUUUCCCUCCCUGUAUUUUGUUUUAUAUACUAGCUGUUAAAUAGUUCAAUUAUAAAAGGUUAUACUGAUUUUGAAGUAAAUAUUGGUGAAGUAUCCAAAUAUUAUCGGGAUAUGUAUAAUUUAAUAUCCUUAUGCAUUCUUUUUUACUAUUUAAAUUUCCAAGGGUAAUUUAAAUUUUCCAAUAGAACAUUAAUAAGAGAGAAAACUCUUAAUAUACUUACAUAUUAAUUUGCUUAACAUAAAAUGGUUUUAUUGUUUUUCCUAUACUAUACUUUUGUAGAAUAUUUACAGUACCAGAGUACUACACUAUACAUCUGGAAUUGUAUUUAGUGACAGUUUCUGUACCUUGAAUACAGUACAGCAUACAGUAAUUGUCAUAAAAUUUUGAAUAUGAAAAAAAAUAACUUUUGUACAAUUUAAAUAAAGAUAUCCACCAGUCUUUCAAGGUUGUGAGGAAAAACAUCACAGGUAUAGUUAGGCACUAUACUGUCAUUUUGAUAUAUAAACAAUGGGUAGUUGACUAGAAAUGGGAAGACAUUAUGAUAUGAAAAUAAUACCCUCAUAACAAAGCUACAAAGCUAGAGACUAGCUUUAACUAAAAGUAUCAAAGAAAAUUACUAAGGCAAAUUUCAGUAAACUAUUUGAAUAGGGGACAUGCCUGGAAAUUCAUGUAAUUUAGGCCAAUCCAGUUAGCAAAACCAUAUAUCUAAAAUGCAUUCUUUGUUAUGUAACCAUUGACUUCAAGGUAGAAAAGUAGUAAGAACUUUGCAUGGUGUUAAGGCGCAAUAUUUUCAGAUGGUAGUCGCACAGAUUUAAAGAUGACAAUCUCAGAACCAGUCUACUGGGAUCUGGUGGACCUGAUAAGGCUUCCCAAAACCAAGAAUAUGUUGGCAGAUGCCAAAAGACAGCAAGUGCCAAGCCAUGACCCAUGCAAAAUGGCCUUGCCUUCGACCUUCCCUUAUCACCUUCUAAAACCAUCUCUUUUUAUCACUACAUCUAUAUCUCACUCUCAGUGUAACUUGGUGGUCUUAUUAUUGCACUUUAUAAUAAUUAUUUAAUAUCCCUCAGAGACAAGUUUUGGCCAACACUUCGUACUUUUUCAAUAAUUGCCUCUUGUUAACUAUCUGGAUAAUUUUAGGAAUACAAGUCAAACCCUGAUACCAAAGCAAGGAAGUGAUGGUCAUUACCAUCUUGCUUAAGUUUCAAAUCUGAAGUGCACAGUAGCCAAUCAAUUAAAACCAAGUCAAAUAUGAAGGUUAUAAAUACAAUGCUUUCAUAAUCUAAGGUACUAUCUGUUUAGGAAAUAACUACAAAAAAAUAUUUUAAGUUGAUUAUUUUGAAAGUUAACUUAGAUCUGCUUUUUUUCCCUCCUCUGAAAGGUAACUUAUUAAGCACCAAAAAUCCACCAUCAUUGCCUAGAACUUAAAGACCCAAUUUUUCACUGGUAACCUUCUGUUAUGGUUAAUAUGUAUAUUGAACAUUUCACGUAGAGCUCCCUUCCCUUAAUACUGCCUUCACUGUGCCAACAAUUUACAAAUUGACCACCUCUGAACUUGAGGAAAUAUUUGUGAAUAUUUGCCUUGGAUAUCUAUAUUUGAUCCUUUUAGUUUGUAUUUAAACAAAUUAAAUUUAAGAAUAACAAAUCUACUGGCUAAAACAUUGAACUGUGGAAUCCCUUUUUAUCUUAUAUUUGCAAAGAGACAUGUCCAAGUAAUGGGCUUUUCACAGGUGACACCUGGCUUUUAUUAUGUCUUCCACUAGAAUACUGAAUUUAAGUUUGAAGUUGAAAUACAUAAAUAUUAAACCUGGUGCAUUUCUUGACAGGAAUAUUGAUGUAUCCAGUAACUGCACAGCAAUGCAACAAUAGCAGUUUCAACUUUAUUUGAAUUCAAGGAAAUUUUAUGAGAACAUUAAAAAUUCAUUCAUUUGUACAAAGUUCAUUCCAAUCAUCUUUGAUGUAAUUAUAUGUAAAUUCUAUUUAUUCUAGUCAUUAGAAUUACCUUCAAUGUAUACUGUCAUACUCAAUGCUUUUUUUGUGAUUUCAGGGAACCGUGUGCUAAGAUUCUGGCCCAAGAAUCACAUUAAUCCUUACUCCUAGUGUAUGUGAUUUGUCAGCCACCUACAAAUUCAUUUCUGUUUUUCUGAUUAAUUUAUUUUUGUCAGCUAUCAAAUCUUGUACUGUACUUUCUUAACCUUAACCAUAUAGCUACGGUACUUUUAUUGCCCCUUUACUCCUUACAUUUCUUUACAGCUAUUUUCAUCUAUUUAUACUAACCACAAUCCCAUCAUUUAUUCCUGCCAGAUUAAUAAUACUGGUUGAUUGUGUGUGAAAGGUGUGUUUAUCUUUAAACUAUGCAACAUAUGGAGACGCAUUACAGAAUGAUGAAUGAUGUAUUUUCCAUGAGAAUACAAUACUAAAAUGUGUUAAGUAUACAUAAAGAAAUAUAUAAAUUAUAUGUAUGUAUGUAUAGCUUAUCUCAAAGUUUUUGUUUACAUUUGUAAAUGACAGUAAUGAAAGUCUCUUGCUGUCUCACCAGACCCAAGUCUCAUUUUUAAUUUGUAUUUUGUAAUUUGACAAAAAUUAUAAGAAAACCCCUUUGGGGAUAGAUUUUACAUAUUUAUUUGUGCCUGACAAAAGGGAGGUUAUAAUAUUUAAUUAUUUGGGAAUUUGAGGAAGUUAUAGCAUUAUCAGAUACAUCUUAGCAGUAAUCUUUAAGAAGCUUAAGAGCAAAAUUACUUAUGAAUUGUCUUAAUAACUGAAAGUUGGCAAGAAUAAAAGAAAAUUUUAGUCUUGUAGCUCACAAUGGUGUUUUUAGAUUUGUUAAAAAUCUUUGUAAGGAAAAAUGAAAUGAGCAGAACACCACCCAAGUGUUUUUCCCUCAGGGUCAAGGUUAGAACUUUUUUAUAGGUCAAUUUUAACUACAUUAUCCACUUUUGUUCUAAAUUUCUAUUAAUUCAGGUCAACAACAUUCCAUACAAUUAUUUAAAAAUUCUGGUUUUUUAUCUUAUAAUUUAGAUUUAAGUUUUGUUAUUGUUGCUAAUUUUGUUAAAAGUCUAAUUUGACAGUACAGUAACUGGUGAGAAGCAGGUUCAAUUAAACGUUGGCUGAAGUUGUUGCAAGUCAAGAAAUAAAUCAAUUAAUGUGAA